CUCAAUUGACUUCACAUCCGUGAGGCGGGCGGCCGUGCGCCCGGGUCAUGUUGGCGUUGCCGCGGCGGCCGGCCCGGCAGCGGAUCGCACUUGGCUCGUCGGCGCGCCUCUCGCGGCUGCACCUGACUGGCUCACAGCUGGGCCUGAACGCUCUGCAGUGCGACGCCAGCGACGGCGUCAUCUGCGGCCGCGCCGGCCUGGAGCGCCGUCUGCGCGGUCAGAGCCGCAAGCUCAGCCUGCCCGUGUUGAGCCGCACCGAGGCGCAGGGCAUUGCCAUCGGUGGCGGCCUGGCCGAGCUCGGCGGUCUGGGUGACCUCAGCUUGGACCAGGAGGGGCCGGCGCGGUUCUCGAUCGGCUCACCGAUGAGCUUCCGGCGCCGUUCGCCGCCGAGUGCCGCCGCCGCCGCCGCCGCCGCCCAGUCGCCCGUCGACGAGGUGCUGUCGGUGGAGGGCGACGGACCCGCGGCGGCCGCCACCGCCGCUCUCGCUGAGAAUGCCGCCGAGGACAAGCGGGCCGGGGCGGAGCAGGAGGGUGCCGUCGGCGGUGAUCUACCGGUGCACGAGCGCGCCGGCGCCGCCGAGCCCGCCGUCGCCAGGAGGGUGUUCGCGGGCAAUCUGCCGUUCAGCGCCUCCAAGUCAAGACUGUGGGACCUGUUUGAGCAGUUUGGAAAAGUAACUAGUGUGCAUCUAGUGAGAAACCACGCGAAUGGAAAAUCCAGAGGCUUUGGAUUUAUCACCUUCAAAGACGAGGCAGGCGCUCAAAAGGCGCUGGCCGCCGACGGCUCGCCACCCCUGUACGUAAUGCACCGCCAGAUCCGCGUGUCGCCGGCGCAGCCUCGCGCCGCGGCGGCGCGGCCCCGCGUCCGCUCCAGAGAGGCGGCGGCGGCAGCGGCGGACCGGUCGGCCGCUCCGUGCUACAUUGACCGCCUGCCCGCCGAGCUGCUCCAGCAUAUUCUCUCCUUGCUGCACGUGCGGGAGCAGAUGGCGGCCCAGUCAGUGUCGCGCCGCUGGCAGGCCGCGCUGCGCUCUCUGCUGGCCCGCCGGCACGAGCUGGACCUGCGUGCCUAUUUCGCGGCGGGCGACGCGCGCCGCCUGACGGACCCCUUACUGCGUCGCCUGCUGCAGCGCAUGCCGGCGCUGCGCCGUCUGCACACGGGUGGCAACGUGCGCCACUGCUCCUGGAAGGCGCUCGACAUUGUCUCCGCGCACUGCCGCAACCUGGAGGAGAUCGACCUGGACGGCUUCUGCAUCAACGAAGAAUCCCUGAAGAAGCUGUGCGUGGCCUGCCCGCGGCUGGAGCUCGUCCAUCUGCCGUCCCACUAUCACUUCAGCGAGUCGAGCGUGUGGGUGCUGUUGCGCUACCUGCCGCGUCUGCGCGCGCUCGACCUGAAGACGAGUGGGCGCGUGACGGGCCGCUGCUUCUCGCUGCUGCCGGCCAGCAUGGAGCGGCUGUCCGUGUCGAGUUGCGGCGCCCUGACGUCGGCCAGCCUGCGCCAGCUGACGAACUGUCCGCAGCUGCGCGAGCUGGACGUGUCGGGCGUGGUGCGGCUGGAGGCGGCCGACCUGGCGGCGGCGCUAGCCGCCUGCGCGCAGCUGGAGCGGUUGGCGGCGCGCCGCCUGUCACUGACGCCGCAGGCUUAUCUGCCGCCGGCCGGGCUGCCGGCGCUCCGAAUCCUGGACGUCAGCUUCUCGGACGGCGUGACGGAUGCGACGCUUCUGCACCUGGUCGACCUGGCGCCCGGGCUGCACACGCUCCAUAUGCAGGGCUGCUCGCUGCCCACCGAGAACGGUCUGGCGCUGCUGCGCCGGCUCAAAGAGCUACACGUGCUCGACCUGAGCUACGUCCGCGCCGUCUCCGACGCGUUGCUGGACCGGCUGCACGGAAAGGCCCUGACCGAGCUGCACCUGGCCGAGGGACACUCGGGCCCGGCCGCGUUCUCGACGGCCGGCGUCACCCGGCUGGUGCUCGGCUGUCCGGCGCUCACCCUGCUCGACCUCAGCUGUGUGGAGAGCGUCGGCGCUGAGCUGGUCGACCAGCUGGCGCGCCAGCUGCCCCACAGCCGUGACGUCACACUCUACGUGGGCGGGACGGACCUGCAGGAGCUGCCGCCACCGCCGCCGCCCGGCCAUCUCCGGCUGGUCGAUACCAACACCGUGCCGCUGCACAUGCGUGGCAUCAUAGAUGACAUGCUCUGGAGCGACGACGACAGCUACAGCGCCCAGGACCCGGACGAUUGGGACAUCGGUGAUAUGUAUGACAGCAGCUGUGAGGAAUACUAUGAUUACGAGGACCCAUUCUACGACGACCACGACCUGUAUUGAUGUUCUCCGAUGCAAGGUGCCGGGGCCCAGUGUAUCGUCGUGGCAGAUGACGGGCGGGGCCGGGUCGCCGGCGGCCCGCCGCAGCGCCGGCGUACCGGGCCGCCCCAGCGGCGCCGCAGCCAUCGUCAGCGGCGGCGCGCGAUCUCGCGCGGUUUGCGCUCUGCACCUCAGUCUGAU